CAACCAAACGGAACAUUCGAGACUCGUUCCUUUCAUUUUCAUGCGUGCUUCCCCUUUUGAAGACUUUGAUAUAGGGCUCUUUACCUGUAUUAUACAAAAGAAAAUUUGGUUAAGCGAAGACAGAUUUUUCAACCGCUCGGAAGAGAGUAAAAAAAGAGAUAAAGAAAUUGGAGUCGGAAUGAAACAAAAAUGCCAUCCUCUUCCAGAAGGGAGGUUAUGGAGGCGCGACUUUACUGGAAAAAUCUCACAUGUUAUACUUCUUGUUGUUCCACAAAGUGUGGAGAAGUAUUACAGCUUUCUCACUGGAGAUCAUUUGAAGUACUGCUCCAAAAACUUGGGUUCCAUCCUCUCAAACUGGUGGAUAUAGAAGGUUGGUUCUGCUUUUUAGACUUCAACUGCUGGAUAUAAAAGAAAGAGAAUGUCAUUCAACAAGUCUCCUCUUUCAAGGUUUAAAAGGAGUCUCUCCCUUCAAUCAUGCUUCCCUGAAGUGAGGUCUGCAGAGGCAUCUGGUUGCAAAUCUCCUGAUGACAAUGCCUCAAGCGUAAAUGGUGGACGUUCUUGUGAUGACAUAUGUCAUAAUGUUGAUACCUGCUUGGACAUAGAUGAUCAGGGCAUUUCCCCAGCUUCCAGUGGUGGCAAAACCUCUACUGCAUCAAGGCGUAUAUUCCCUCUAGAAAGCAGGAGUCUGUGCAGAUCAGUUUCUGAUAUCCAGAACUCUAAGUCUGAACUGCUUCAAGCUGUUCCAGAAGCAAUUGGAAGUGAUGCCCAUGUGGCUUUGGAUCUGUCCUCAUGGCCAGGUAGUUCCACCCACCCCAAGAAUGAAACCAUUAAAUCUGAUGCAAGCCCAGUUAGACAAGCUGUGGAUCAUAGUUUUCCAUUGGCUUCAGUGCAUUAUUCAGGUGCAAUUUCUGGGGAGAUAAGAAGCAAUGGCCUUAAAGCAUAUGUUCUCCUGUGUCUUGCUGCACUCAAUGGUGAUUGGAAAAGUGCAAAAGCAUUCCUGGAGUCAAAUCCACAAGCAGUGAGAGCGAGGAUCACAAGGCGUUCAGAAACUGCUCUUCAUAUUGCUGCCGGGGCAAGACAUACAAGGUUUGUUGAGGAGCUAGUUAAAUUAAUGAAACCAGCUGACUUGGCAUUGCAGAACAAGGUUGGAAACACUGCUCUUUGCUUUGCUGCUGCAUCUGGAAUCACAAGGAUUGCUGAGGUAAUGGUGAAUAAGAACAGGGAGUUACCAAUGAUUCGCGGUAGUAAAGGAGCAACACCACUCUACAUGGCUGCAUUAGUAGGUCACAAAGACAUGGUAAGAUAUCUCUACUCUGUGACUGAGGAAGAUAAUUUAACCAAAGAAGAUCGCAUUGGACUUCUUGUUGCUGCUAUUACUGCCAAUCUAUUUGAUGUAGCCUUGCAUAUGCUUCAUGAGGACCCAGAAUUAGCUAUAGCUCGAGAUGGUAAUGGAGACACUGCACUUCAUGUUUUGGCUAGAAAGCCUUUGGCAUUUUACAGUGGAAGUCAGCUAGGAAUUUGGCAUAGGUGCAUCUAUUCAUGUAUUCAUGUGGAAUUACGAAGAAAAUAUCUCUAUUCUUCCACAAGGAAUGAUGAACUAGGCCAUUCAAUCUUACAUGUGGUUCCCACCAUGAAAGUACUAUUUUUGAACUUCCCCAAAUUUCUAGUUCCUGGUUUCAAGUCAGUUUAUGACAAGAAAUUGAUGCAUAUCCAGGCACUUGAGCUUGUCCAGCAACUUUGGGACAAAAUUCUGUCCCUGGAUGACCCAAAGAUUGGGGAAUUAAUCAGAACUCCUUCACGGUUACUAUUUACUGCUGCUGAGUUGGGGAUUGUAGAGUUUAUAACUGUCCUCAUCCGAUCAUAUCCUGAUCUUAUUUGGAAAGUCAAUGACCAAAGUCAAACUAUAUUUCAUGUUGCAGUGGCACAUCGCCAGGAAAAAAUUUUUAAUCUCAUAUAUGAGAUUGGUGCUCAUAAGGAUUAUAUUGCAGGAUAUAAAGACGAGAAUAACAAUAACAUGUUGCAUUUGGCAGGAAAGUUAGCACCAUCGAAUCGACUGAAAAUUGAUUCUGGUGCAGCUUUUCAAUUGCUAAGGGAAUUGCAUUGGUUCAAGGAGGUAGAAAAGAUUAUUCAACCUUCAUACACAGAAAUGAAAAAUGAACAGGGAAGAACACCUCAGAUUCUGUUUACAGAGGAGCACAAGGGUUUAGUGCGAGAAGGUGAGAAGUGGAUGAAGGAUACUGCAUCUUCGUGCAUGGUUGUUGCAACACUCAUUGCCACUGUGAUGUUUGCUGCUGCCUUCUCUGUACCUGGUGGCAACGAUGAUGACACAGGCAGGCCUAUUUUCCUAACAAAAAAGUCCUUUUUGGUUUUUGCCAUUUCAGAUGCACUUGCUCUGUUCUCCUCUGCCACCUCAAUAUUGAUAUUCCUGUCCAUUCUCACCUCACGCUAUGCUGAGGAAGAUUUCCUUGAGUCACUACCCAACAGGUUGAUAAUGGGCCUUGCAACCCUCUUCAUCUCUGUUGCCACCAUGAUGAUAGCUUUUUGUGCCACUCUUUUUAUUGUUCUUGGUCCAGAAUUCGCGUGGGUUGCAAAUCCAAUGGCUUUAGUUGCUUGUGUUCCUGUAACCUUGUUUCCCUUGUUAAAAUUUCCCCUUUUCAUUGAUAUGAUCAGUCAUAGAUAUAGAUCAAGCAUUAUCUUUCGUCCAAGUAAUUAUCUGUUGUAAAUAAUCAAAUGUUCAUUUGUUGUACUAAGUAAUUUCAGAAUAUCUUCUUAUAUUUGGAUUGAAAUCAUUAAGUUCAUAUAUUUAGGGGUUCUCUAUGUAUGUGUGUGCAUGUUCUAGUGCUUGUUAUUCUUGGUGGACUUACUGUUUGGGAGUAUAUUCUACUGAGUUCUCCUAAUAUGAUCCUAAAUCCUGAAUAUAGGUUUCCUCAGCAUAUCUUCUUUCAUGUAUAGCCGAAGCACUCAAAUUUUCUAUUGCCUAUUCAGAACAAGCUUUAUCAAUAGAGUAUAUAGCAUUUGUAACCAAAAACUGAAGGGAUGUAUGAAUUACGAUACUUGAGACAGGUAGUUAGCAUUGAUUGCCAGGAAAUACUCAUAGUUGUGAUUAUGUUUGGAUCCAAAUCAUAAGCUAUCUGGAAAAUAUAAUUGCAAAAAUUUAGUCUAAUGCAUCAUGGGCAAUGAAAGGCUUAGAUGGAUUGUUGACAACCUCAUUUUCAUUUUCAACUUAUUACUCAUGCAGAAAGAAUGAGGGUCAAUUGGAACCUUAGUGGAAAACUUUGUUAGCUAAUUAGAAAAUUUGGAAAAAAAACAUAUCCUCUAGUGGUAGAAUGAUGAAUAUAUUUGAACAUAUUUCUGCUCCUAAAAGUAACUUCCUUGAUAAACCUUGCUUGGGGCCCCUCAACCAGCUAAAUCCUUGCCUUAGCUGAAUUCCAAUAUAAUUGGCAACAUACUGAGGUAGGAACUUUCAAAAGGAUUUGGGAACCUAGAAUAGUUCCUGAAGUUAGAAGCUUUCUCUUGCUGUGUUUAGAAGCAGAAUCCUCACCGGAAACUAUUAAAUAGUAAACAUAUUAUGAUUCCUCGGUGAUAUGUACAACGACUGAAUGUAUAUUUUAGUAUCUGGUGCAGAAUUGGUUGUUUCUACCUUGUGCAUAUGACAGUAGGAUAAAUCAUUUGGUAUAAUGUGAGGAUAUUAGGAGUGAUGUCAGAAUAUCCUCUGUGAUUUAUGACUGCUAUUGAAAACUUUGCUUUACCUUUGAUCCUGAAAUCAUAACCCCAUGGAUUACAGGAAGAGCAGCAUCUAAUUAUGUUAAAGGUCAAAUGUUGUGGAUGCUGAUGAUUCGUCUGUUCAAGGGAAAAUUGUUUUGGAGAAAAACUUGACUUAUUCUUCGUCUGGGGUCCUAUGGCAACUCCUACUAGGAAGCUAAAUUUUAAUGGCCUACACCGUCAAUAAUGGUGGCUGUGCCUUGGGGUGGUUAGGGAAAACUAAUCUUGGGGUUGCAAACAAUGCGGGAAGGAUAUCAAUCAAGUUGUAGAUGGGAAUGGCCUCAAGAGAUGGGUUCUAUCAAAGAAGACAUUACUGAGGAUACUUACGGCCAUUCCAAAAGUUUCUCCUGAAGGUUUAUCAUGAAGCUUACUUGAUGGAUUUUUGACCUUCCUAGAAGAUAUAAAAAUGAAACGCUUUGUCUGUUUAGCCUCGAUUCAUCCAUUGACUUAACCCUUAGGCUCCAUCUGGCAUCUGACAAAGUAUUCCCUGGAUUUGGUAUUGAAACCCAUCCUAAGCAUCAGCAACUGAAAAUGGACUUACUUUUUUAUUUGUUUCAGCCACUUGACAGAUAUAUCCAUAUUUAUUAAUCUUAUAUCUGAUAUUGUAUAGAUUUUGAUCAUAUUUUUCACUAUAAUUUUCUUCUCCUUAUAAAAUAACAGAAGUCUACUGUGCCCACAUCACUAAUGUGUUUUUUGUUCUUCAGUAUGUCUCCCAUUCUUGAUUUGCUCUAAUAAUUCCUGUUUAGAUGUUUCUUCAUCUAUGACUAAUGCUUUCUUUCUACAACUUACCUGUGGCCUAAGUCAAUUGUAGCUCACAACU